AUGGGAGCCAAGGACAGGACGGCGCCGCCGACGGACGGCAACUGUAACACAGAGGAGUUCACCGUCACUGGCCAGAACACAAACGGUCCCGUGCCGGGCAUCUGCGGCCAGAACAGCGGGCAGCACAUGUACGUGGAGGUGGGGGACCACUACACGGGCCAGAUGGGCCAGUUCGAGAGCUUCAACUUCGCGGCGGCGGGCUCCGCCGGCGAGGGGUACCUGAAUAAUCUAAACUACAUGAUCUGCAUUCGGAAGGAAGCCGGCUUCUGCAGCAUCACGUACGGCGUCGACCGGUUCGACAGGUUCAGCCAGCCAGAGACGUUCGACAUCUUCAACGCCAGGACCUCCGUUGUCGGAGGGGUGCUGGUGGUCUCGUCCAACGUGCCGGCGGGGCAGGCCGGCAUCGGGCCGACUCAGUGCACCGACGACUACAUCCUGCUCAGUGCGGACCGACUCUGCGGCGACCGGCUCAACGACGGCUCCUUCAACAGCUUGCUCACCGAACACGCCGACGUCACCGACAACACUGACGGCCCGUUCGUCAUCAAGGUCGUGACGGGGCCCUCCAUCGUCGGAGCGGGCUUCAGGCUCUUCUACCGUCAGAACGCCUGCAGGUCGGGCCGCGAGUGACCUGAGGCGACCUGACCCGCCUGACCUGGCGUCGACGGAGGUCGUCCGUCCCAGCCGUGGCAGCAGCGGCCGCAUUGUGUGAGAGUGCCUGUGUCGAUGACCAGGGGACUGAACAGCUGGCGCCGCGCUGUGCGGUGCGAGGCGGCCUUCCGUGGGGAUGGCUCUUACACACCUACCCAGAUCUCUUGUCGUCUGUUUAGUGC